CUCGGUCUGUUUGCAGAGCCGAUGAGGCACGUGAAAGCGGAGCACUUGCAGCACGACAAGGACCUGGACGAGGAGGACGACCUCGAUCUCGAGGAGGAUCCCCGCCGGGGCGAGCAUCCGUUUCACCACGCGAUGCAGCACCACCACCACCACCACCAAGCGUAUCCCGGCGAGGACCACCUGAAGGACGAGGGUAUCGUGAAAACCGACUGCAGCGCGGCAGGCGUGCCGAUACCCGCGACCAAGCCGAAAAUCUGGUCGCUGGCCGACACGGCCGCGUGCAAGACGCCCCCGCCCCCCACCCACCCUCAUCAUCAACAGUACCAUCACCUUCAUCACCAGCAGCACUACGGCCAGCAGCAGCACCACAUGGCCACCAACCAAGGCCACCACCACCACCACCACCACCACCACCACUCCCAGCAACCUUGGCUCGGCUCCGGGGGGGGCGGCGCCGGGGGCGGGGGUAACCUGAGCUCGUUCGCGCUUCCGUCCUCGGCGUCGAUGAGCCCGUCUGCAGCCGCGACAGCGCCUUACUCGAGCGCCGCCACGAGGUACGGCGGUUUCCUCUCGUCCUCGUCCGGCGGCCAACUCCACUACAACCCGAACUCGUCGUCCGGCUCGAGUUCCUCUGCGUCCUCCUCGGCGGCUGCGGGGUUUCCCGAGGUUGGUACGGACACCCCACCCCAGACACCGCCCAACAUGAAGGUGGCUACACCGAAUGGAGUGAUCCAGGCACCACCGGGCGGUUACUGCACUGGUGGCAACGGGAACGCGACGAGCAACGGUAAUCCAAAUCCGUACGGGCAGAGCCAUCCGGCGGCCGCCGGCUAUCUGUCGACCAGUUCCGGCUCGGCGAGCAGCGGUUCCUCGUUCAGCUCGAGGCUGCAGGCGUCCCCGCACAAGGACUUCUCGCCUGCCGGCCAGAACUCUAUCCUCCACCAGCACCAGACCACUGCCAGCCUACCGCCCACGGAGGCCACCACCGCGUUCAAACCGUUCUAUAAGGGCUCGCAGUCCAUGGGUAGCGGAUUCGUGUCGCCUGUCUAAGGAACUCGCUGGAUCGAUUCUGGAUCACCGCGUCGCGUUCCUCCAGGUGAGUGGGGGGGUUGUGUUCCGUUCGGGAGAAGAAUUCGUUU